UGUUGAAUCGAAUUUAAAAAAUCUGGCAACGAUAUAUAUGUUGCGACUCACUUUGUUCUUUUCAACCAAUUUCGCUGCUCAUUGUGGCCGUUUUAGAUCCUUCAUGGUCUUGAAGGGGAAAUUGGAAAAUGGCUUCGAAUAAUCGAUUAUGGUGCAAGGCUGUAUUCACUGGAUAUAAGAGAGGUCUGAGAAAUCAACACGAAAACACUGCCCUGUUACGAAUUGAGGGAGUUUUUGAUAAUAAGAGCACAGAAUUCUAUAUGGGAAAGAGAUGUGCUUAUGUAUACAAAGCUAAAAGGAAAACCAGAACUCCUGGUGGCGAUCCCAAUAAAACAAGAGUAAUAUGGGGAAAAAUAACACGAUCACAUGGUAACAGUGGAGUCGUCCGAGCAAAAUUCAAGAGUAAUCUCCCAGCCAAAGCAAUUGGACAUCGUAUAAGAGUGAUGUUGUACCCAUCGAGAGUGUGAAAGUCUAAUAUCCCUCUUGGGCAUAAAAUACAUCAAGUAUAAAAAAAAUUGAA